UUGCGCAUUGUAGGCAUAUGCUAUAGUAUAUAGUUAAUAUAAAUGGAAAAAGCUUGGGGAAUAUUAUCAGCCUUCCACGUUUUACAUCGAUACUGUUUUGGAGAGAUGAGCCUUUAUUUUUCUGUGUGGAAUAACGAAAACAAAACUAAAACCGCUUAACUAUAGCAUGAGCUGUCUUAUGAAAAAUGAAGUUCAGCAUAGGCGUGUCCAAAAACUACUUUCGAUCUGUAGGGUAGAAAUGAAUGUUGCAAAUAAAUAUCCGUGACAAAGCCCUGAUAUCUUCACAGUGAGUUGUCGACACUGAAGCAGGAGAUGGAGUUUCAGCAGAUGCUGUUAAGAGUACAGGAGUCUCUCACUGGCGAUGAGGUGCAGGACAUGGUGUUCCUGUGCUCUGAUCUCCUCAGUCUAAAAGACCUCAGCACUGUGACCUUAGGCAGAGAACUCUUCAGUCUUCUGGAGAAAAGGGACCUGCUGUCAUCGGAUGAUCCAUUUCUGCUUCUAGAGCUGCUCAGGAUCAUGAAACGGAACAGCCUGCUCCGGAAUCUGUCCUUUGAUGCUUUUACCCAAGCCAACGGCAUGUUAUAUGCUCAGCGUAUCUCCCCAUAUAGACAGUUGUUGUACGAGCUGUCAGAGUCCAUCUGUGAUCAGGACCUGAAAAACAUUAAAUUCCUACUGAUCAAAACACUACCGCGCAAAAAACUGGAGAAGGACAUGACGCUGUUGCAGUUGUUCUUGGAGAUGGAGAAGGAAGACCUUUUGGGUGAAGAUAAUUUGGACGUUCUGAAGGACAUUAUAGCAAGCAUCCAUCGCGGUUUAGAAAAAAGAAUUAUUCAAUACAAAACAGAGAAUUUUGGUGGAAGGGUUAUUGCUCAGGAAAUUGGGAAUAAUUCUUUCAAGUCGUACACAACAGCUCUGACCUCACCGCUGACAUCAAUCUCAUCAGUUAACACAGUGGAGGACCAGGUGGACAGACUUAGUCUGACUGAAGGGGCUGCUGGGAUUAGUGGAGAUCACAGCCAACAUUUGGAAUUUAACUCAGUAUUUGAAGAAGAGAGCACAAACUUGCCUGUGACUGAAAAUCCAGAGAUCCAGCAGUAUAAGAUGAAGGGGGACAGAAGAGGAGUCUGUCUAAUCAUCAACAACUAUAACUUCAGGGCAUGCGGGCUGAACAACAGAGAAGGAACUGACUUUGACAAAAAGAGACUGGAGGUUGUGUUCCAGUGGUUGGGCUUUGAGGUCGUGGCCGAACGGGACUGCGAUCGAAUGCGCAUGCUGCAGGUGUUGAGGGACCUGGCUGCUCGUGACCACACGCUGGCGGAUUGCGUGGUGUGCUGCGUGCUGAGCCACGGACGGGAAGAUGGUAUCGUCGGGGUAGAUGGAAAUACUGUCACCUUUAAAGAGCUGAUAGAGACUCUGAGUCCACAUAGGUGCUCCUCCCUCUACAAGAAACCCAAACUGUUCUUCAUCCAGGCCUGCAGGGGUAAGAAAGAGCAGAGUGCAGCGUUCAGUCAGACUUUCUCAGAAGAUGAGGACAUGCCAGUCAGCGAUGCAGCUGUACCCAGAGACUCCAUCCCUGAGGCAGCGGACUACCUGUUAGCCAUGUCCACUGUACCAUCCUAUGUCUCAUUCAGGGAAAAAGACAAGGGAUCCUGGUUCAUACAGGCCCUCUGCCACAAUCUGCAACUGCUGGUGCCAAGGGGAAUAGAUCUACUCUCCAUUCUGACUAAGGUGAACAGUGAUGUGAGCAAAAAGACGGACAGAAGUGGACUGAAGAAGCAGAUGCCACAGCCAGAGUUCACCCUCACCAAGAGAGUGGUUUUCCCUGCCCCCAAAACCCCCUGCCCACCCCUUCCAUAAUGUCAUGCUGCAGACCUCGAUACCUCUCUAACACAUCAGCAUACACAAACACACAGUUUGUUCAUCAGCAAUGUUUACAUGUUGAGCUGGGGUGAUGAUACAUAUCAUGAAUCGACCACAUAUUGCACACCUAGGGAUGUGGUUCAAUAGACCUGCUGCCAGCUAAUGUACAUACAAAUGGAGCAUAAAUGCAAUAUUUUUGGGGACUAUCUUUUAUAAGUAGCUUUUGACAAACUUUCAGUUAUACGUUUUAUUUUUUCAGAUAUAUGAUGUAGCGAAUACUGAAGUCUGUCGUAUUGUUCCAUUCAGGACAGUCCUGCACAAUUAUGAACUGUUCAUGGCACAUUACAUUUCCAAAUUCACCCAAAAACUGAAACAAGGCUAUGAAUAUUCAUGCUGGGAAAAGGGGUAUGAUGGGAAAACUGUAGCCGAUUUUAUUGCACGAUGUAUUUGUCCAGAAGCAAUUCACAUGACAGUUCUCUCAUGACUGAUGCUAAAACACUUUUGUUUGUUGCUCUAGAUAAGAGUGUCUGUGGGCCCUAUCUAAAAGGUUGUCCCUAUUCUCUUAAUGAGUAAUGAAUGUGUUUUGGGCGUACUGUGCAAUAAACCAAUCAGAGUGUCAUCUCCCAUUCCCUUUAAAAGCCAGAUGCGCUCACGCCAUGGCGGAUUCACUGUUUAGAUGGUGGAAUUUGCGAGUGGAAAAACUGAACGCUUCUCUAAGCGAGGAAACGGAUCUGCUCGUGUGUGAGGUUAAAGCAUGUGAGCAGACCAUCUACGAGAAAAGCCGAAUUCCACCAAAACAUUUUUAUCUUUAUGCACACAAUAUUAAUCUUUUACAUUGUAAUCCUUUUAUUUUUAAUAUUUGGCAUGCUUGUGUAUCAAGCAAGAGUAUGUGCGUUGUGCACCCGCAUAUAGGCGCAUAUUACUAACGCACUCUUUAAAUAACAAAACAAAUAUUGCAGCAUUGGCUUUAGACCAGGUUUCAGUUGGUCAAUGGCGCAGUCUCUUUCAGUUGCCUCAAAAUAGCAACACGCCAACAGUGCACCUGAACACACCUCGUUUUCAGACCAGCACGCACAUGGGUGCUCAGAUGGGCUCAAACGCAUUUGCUAUUUAAACAGUGUGGCACAGGACUGUGAUAAAUGAUAACUGCGUUGGGCUGAAGCUAGCAAAAAAUACUUGCGUCGCACUUGGCACCGGGUGUACGAUAGGGCCUAUAAAUGUAGACUGGGUAUAGUUUCUACACAAGAAGGGACUGUUGCAACUCGCUGUUCAUUUGACAAAGAAUGACAUUUUAAGGUAAAAGCGAAGCUUGCUGCUGCUGUUUAUUGUUAUUUACGCCUUAACAAAACAAAUUAACCUUAGUCCCAGAAAAAAAAAAAAAAAAGUUUUUUGAUUUUAGUAUAUUUCAUGUUAUUGCACUGUUUAAAGCAGGGGUGUCAUUUUUGAAAAAAAUAUAUUUUAUUCACAUGUUCUGCUAUGUCCUCAUAAGUGGACACCAAGACUCAGUUGUUUAAAAAAAUAAAAUGACAUGAAAUUACAUAUAUAGGCAAAAACAAUGGGAUUUUUUUUUUCAUGCACCAAUCAAUUUUUAGGUUUCAUUUUUAAACAUUAGGUUUCUUUUUUAAACAAACUUUGUUUAAAGAUGACUGUCAACUAUGUUAUGAAAUAUAUAAUGGAAUGAAUUGAUUACUUAAUGCAAUAUGUGUGUAAAAUAGCCAGACAUGGGUUUUCCCAUUCAAUGCAUUGUGUGUAUAUAUAUAUAUAUAUAUAUAUAUAUAUAUAUAUAUAUAUAUAUAUAUAUAUAUAUAUAUAUAUAUACACACACUGUAUCUAAUUUAAAUAUUAAUGUGUUCUUGGAGGAACAUGUAAUGAAAAAAAGUGUAAUAAUGGGAGUAAUAGUUGGCAACAUUUUCAUAAUAAUAUCUAAUAUUUCAUAGGAAUAUUGAUAUGUAAUUUCUUUCUCUAUUCACUGUGUCUGAAAAACAUGCUUUAAGUGCUGGUGUCCUCUACAGUGGACAUGUAUGAAAUCAAUGCCCUGUUUUGUAACAGAAAAUCAUAUUUUGAUUAGAAACUUCAUAAAAUGUUCCUGAGAUGUUGAUUUAUAACAAACAAUUUGAAAAUCAGUCACAUUUAAAUGAAAUAUGAUCAUAUUUCCAUAUUUAUUUCUAAGUCCUAAGCAUGUACAGCCUCACAGGAAGACAACAGCACACAAAAUUAAGUGGAAAAUUCAUUUUACAAUUCACUACAAGGACUUCCAUAACUAAUACAUUGUACCAAAUACUUUUGUAUUUGUUUACAAACUUCUACUUUAUUGUUAUUGUAUAUUUGAAAUAAUUUGUUUAAUUGCAUAUAUAUGUGUUUCAAUGUGUAUGAUGUUACCAAUGCAAUGCGAAGCUUCCUUUUACCGUGCCAAAAUAAAGAUCAAGUGCUUGAUUACAACCAACACAAACCUA